GAGGUACUUUUUCUUCCUGUAGCUACAAAUCGUUGGUCCUUUUUUUUUAUUGCUGUUUUCUUGAAAAUCUAAUUCUUGGUUGUCUUUUGAAUUGCAUGUUAACUUCUUUAUGUUUUUAAAAAUUAAUUUUCGGUCUCUUUUUUACUAGUUCAGCUGUAAAGUAGGUUUUUUUUUUUUUUUUCCACUCUGUCUUAUUUGCUUGUCCUUUUUAUUCUUGACUUAUGGUGAUUUGGAGUUGUUGCAAUUAUUGUGAAUUUCUUUUUCCUCUUUAUUCAUUGGUGCAACUGGUAAAGUUACUUUCAUGAGGUCAUGGGUUUUGGGUUUUGAGACGUAGAAACAGUUUCUUGCAGAAAUGUAAGGUACUUAGGUGAUCCAUAAUGUUUGGCCGGAGUGCAAGGAGGAGUGACAACUCCAAGUUGUAUGAGGUUCUUGGUGUUCCAAAAAAUUCCAGUCCAGAUGAUAUUAAAAAGGCAUACAGGAAAGCUGCCAUAAAGAAUCAUCCUGACAAGGGCGGCGACCCUGAAAAAUUCAAGGAGUUGGCUCACGCAUAUGAAGUUCUAAGUGAUCCAGAGAAGAGAGAGAUUUAUAAUCAGUAUGGUGAAGAUGCUCUUAAAGAAGGAAUGGGUGGUGGUAGUAGUGGUCACAGCCCGUUUGACAUAUUUGAGUCUUUCUUUGGUGGAGCUUUUGGUGGAGCUUUUGGCGGUGGUGGUAGCUUCAGAGGAAACAGAAAGAAACAAGGUGAAGAUGUAGUACACACACUAAGGGUAUCGCUGGAGGAAUUGUACAAUGGCACAACAAAAAAACUCUCUCUUUCACGGAACAUAUUGUGCAUAAAGUGUAAAGGGAAAGGUUCAAAGAGUGGAGCUUCAGGAAGAUGUUAUGGAUGUCAAGGUACUGGAAUGCGUGUUACAACAAGACAGAUAGCCCCAGGCAUGAUUCAACAGAUGCAACAUGUUUGUUCCGAGUGCCGAGGAUCAGGAGAACAUAUAAGUGAGCAGGAUAGGUGCCCUCAGUGCAAGGGAAACAAAAUUACACCAGAAAAGAAAGUAUUGGAAGUAAAUGUUGAGAAAGGGAUGUUACACGGUCAGAAGAUUGUUUUCAACGCGGAAGCUGAUGAAGCUCCAGAUACCAUCACCGGCAAUGUCAUCUUUGUAUUACAGCAGAAGAAUCACUCAAAGUUUAGGCGUAAGUCUGACGAUCUUUACGUGGAACACAAUCUCAGUUUGGCAGAAGCUCUCUGUGGCUUUCAGUUUGUCCUGACUCAUCUUGAUGGCAGGCAGCUUCUGAUCAAAUCUCACCCAGGAGAAGUUAUAAAGCCUGAUCAAUAUAAGGCAAUAAAUGAUGAAGGAAUGCCCCAGUAUGAGAGGCCAUUCAUCAAAGGUCGGCUUUAUGUCCAUUUUAAUGUGGAAUUUCCUGAAUCUGGUUCUCUUUCGCCUGAGAAAUGCCGCGCUCUUGAGGCUAUUCUGCCACCUAGACCAGGGAAGUGCUCAUCUGAUAUGGAGUUGGAUAAGUGUGAGGAAACCACUAUGCAUGAUGUCAACAUAGAGGAAGAAAUGAGACGCAAGGAGCAGCAGCGACGCAGGCAAGAGGCUUAUGAUACGGAUGAUAAUGACGAGCCAAAUAUGCCUCGUGUCGGUUGUAACCAACAAUAGAGUUUCCAGAUAGUGGUGUUUUGGUCGACUCCCAGUUUUGUCUAUGCUCUGUUGGCUAUUUUGGUUAGGAACUAACUGGCUUUCUCUUUGGUUCUGCUUCAGUUUGUUAUGUUGAUCCCCAAUGCUAUACUGUAGGUUUAUUUUUGGUCAUAAAGUUCAGGUCAUUGCUAGCUCAA